AUGGAGACGCACGUCACUCAAAUAUUUUGGAUUGCUCACGUCUUCUUUUUCACUGGCACCCUUGCUGGUGAUUGGUCGGUGGACGUCCCCGUACAUAUCUGCGCUGGGGUUGGCUCUUCAGUGGUUCUCCCUUGUUCUUACAACUUUCCUGAAAGCAAAAAUGGUCAACAGUUCGAGGCUAGGUCUGAAAUGUGGUGUUUAGGGGAUGGACGCUGUAUCACACCAAGAUAUGUUUAUCACAGUGCAAACAUCCUUAUUGAGUCAUUGUUCCAAAACAGAGUGGAAUAUUUGGGAAAACUGGGAUCAAAGAAUUGUUCUUUAAAGAUUUCAAGUCUGCAAGGAUCAGACAGUGGCACUUAUGUUUUCUACCUCAUUACCACCCACACCACAGAGAAGAUGCCGGCGCAGAGAGGCGUCACACUACAUGUGUUAGAUUCUCCAUCGUUCAUUUCAAUGUUAGUCGAUCGCUCCUCUGUUAUAAUGGAGGGUCAGUCUGUCACGCUGACCUGUUGCAGUGCUCAACCGUCUGAAGAGCUGCUCUGGUUCAAGACCUCCAGUGUGGAACCAAUACACAGUGGAUCUGAGUGGACAAUCCGUAAAACUUCUAAAGAGGACACCGGAAGAUACUACUGUCAAGUCCAGACCAAAGAUCAAGUUCAAAAGUCCAAAGAGCUGGUUCUUGAUGUACAGUAUCCUCCACGAAACACUGCCAUUACUGGGUUGGCCCCAGAGAGCACUACAGCGGGACAUUCAGUAAAUCUGACCUGCAGCAGUGAGGCUUCCCCCCCUGUGCGGACCUACUACUGGUUCACAGAUGCAGCGUGUGAUUCCGGAGCGGACACUAGUUUGUACAAGUCUCUGCAGUCCUCCGGCUCAGUGAAUGCAGAAGGACUUUCUAUCGGCAGGAUCAGCGUCAACUUUGAGCCCAGUCAAGUGCACUGCUGCGUGGCCCAAAACCCACACGGGUCACAGAAGAGCCCCACUGACAGGAGCUCCUCAGGCUCAGGAGGCAGGAUGGUGCUUAUUGGAGUGACCAUUGCCGUGUUGCUGGCAACUAUUGCAAUUAUUGCCAUUUUAUUGAAAAGAAGAAAGAAAUCUUCAAGAAACCAGUCAUAUUCUCUAGCUCCGACAACUUCAACAGGAGCUUAA